AUGCACCAUUUACCCUUGCGUCUGUUCCUAUUGGUGGCCCUUUCGGUGCUUGCGUUGGCGCGUGGAGUAAAGUGCAAUGAUGAUGUGUCCGAAGAGUAUACCUUCACGGGCCUCCGAGGAGAGGUAAUAUCACUCAUAUUCCCCCUUGGAGAUUCCGUGUAUGUGUUGUUUCCGAAACUUCCAGCAAACGGCGCGCUUCAUGUUGGAAAGGAGAAGGUUGAGUUAAACGAGCAAUACCGUGUUGCAUCGCUAAUAACAUACCGUUCGGCUCCGUCAUUCCCACCGGAUGGAGAGGAAGACGCGGAGGAGGUCUUUCCCAUUCGCUUGUUUUCACAGGAGAAUUCUAUUGGGAAGACGCAAACCCUGCGCAUAGUCGUAGAGAACAAAAAGCUUGUCACACCUGGUGCGCGGCUAACCAUGAUUGAUCCCAACACGACCCAAAUACUCGAGCUUCCUGUCCAAGAGCGGCGUAGAGGUCCUCAAUGGAUUCAGGAUGCACCGAAGUUAGAUGUGAGGGCGGAGGUGAGGUGGAUGACCAUCACCAAUCUACCACAUCCUAGCGUGUGCAUGGUGAAACCUUACGGCAGCGAUGUUGCUAUUACCCAGGUGCCAACUGUUAUCAAGGACACUGAACAAAAAUGGCGCGUGGUGUUGCAGCCAUUGAGACUUGGAGUUGAUGAGAACUGCACAUUUUCCUACAGUGCAACGCAUAAAAACGGUGUGAAUUCUAUUCCCGGCCAAGUUGUCUUAUGCCGCAUCAAACCACGGCUUCCUGUUGCGUACAACAGGAAUAUAAGCACCUUGAUUAACGCAAGGGGUGAGGCUCCGGCAAGUGACAUCUCGGUUGGAGGGUAUUCUCUUAACCCAUCAUCGAAAACUAUAAAUGUUACGAUACUUUCUCUCCCCCAUUACGGGAAAAUAUUUCGUAUAUCUGGCAAUAAAAAUGUUGCACCUUUGGACGAUUCUUCAUGUCUUCGACGUGAAGAACUUCCCAUUGUAUUUCAGAUCAACACCAACCCGGCAAUUGUGUACCUCAAUUACAAGGUCGAUGCUGUGCCGCUACUUCCUCUUUUUAUGGCGAGUGAUCGACGUGUGGUUGACAACUUUACUUUUACUGUGCAAGACAAGUACAACACAUCUGAAGUGGGGGUUCAGAAUAUUACGCUACUGCUUUCAGCCUCCCCUAUAUGUGCAGAUACUGUUGUUUCGCCUGUUUUUUACGACCGCCCCCUGCGCAACGUCAUGCUAAAUUACACCUUGCCGACAGGAGCAGAGGUAGCGUCUCUGGUGCUGCUUGGAACUCCAAAGAAUCCAAUCGGAGACCUUUGGUUCAAACGCAACUCCGAGGACGCGGUAUCAGCAAUUACGCGGUUGGUGCCUGGAGACUACUUUAGCGAUACUCGACGCGCGUUAAAGUACGCUGUUCGAUCUGGAAACGAAAAAUUGGAGCAAAAUGAAACGUACACGUUUCAGGUUCGUGUUGCCGGUCGUUCCUGCUUUGGUUCGAUCACUUUUGUUAUCACACCACACAAUACAGAGGCGGAGAAUUCGAGUUUACCCGCCAUUCAUCGCGAUGUGGUCCGUAUUGAUAGCUAUACAAUGCUUUCUAUAAAAUGGACCGCCACCAAAAUGAAUGAUAUCCCACCCCGCGCCAUUGAGAUACUGAAGGUGUCAAGCUUUGGGGAUACCUACACGGUUUUUUCCUAUGCAACUAUUGAUGCAAACAUUGUGGUGGGGAGCACGCUUGGAGUAGGGGGAUCGUUUUGUUUUUUGCAUGAUUGCAGUCGCAUUACAAAUAAGAUAGUUAUACCUGGCCAGGUGAUUCACCUUUCAGAGUUGUGGAACGGCAAUCAUUCAGCCAGUGCAGGGAACACAGCGCAGUUUUUUCUAAUCUACAAGGCACCUGCCAAGUUCCCGAACAGUUCCUUUGAUGUAAUGGAGUACAAUUUCGUUGAUGAGGAUGGUGUGAGGUCAUCUAUCCAACGGUUACAGUUGUACUUCCGUAAGGCUUAUCUGCAAGAACGGAGCCUGACGUAUACUGUCGAAUGUGAAGGACGCGCUUCGUCCCCUCAUUAUGGUCGUCAGAUGAGAAAAGUGACAUUCCCGGAUGUGUCAGAAGAAGAAGUGAUUAUGAUUGAUAAAAUUGAGCUUGCCAGCCGGCACUCACCAACCCAGACCCUAUUUUUCUACCGCUGCGAAAGGGAAGGAGACAAAAUGGUGAGCGGUGAGCUAAUGCAGCUUGAAGCACAUGGAGGAUUUAUGGGUUAUUGGCUUCAAAAAGAAAACACCGUUUUUGUUUGGACUGCUGCCAGGAAUCCGACACUAUUCUUACGUGUGCGUAUGUUUCGAAGGUCCCUGGGUGGUGCAGUUUUGUACAAUAUGUCAAGGCGUUACUUUGCUACUGUUCGUCGCAGUAAUCAGUCGCCUGUGUCUUGGUUAAGGGAGCAAACCACCGGAGGGGGCAACGUUGUCACGACUACAAAAAAACAGACAGUGAUUAACGUAACCGUUAGUGACAAGUAUAGGGAAGGCUUUGCAUUUAGGGUUCAUGAGUCACCGAAAUGGGGGAGACUACAAUUUCUUGACUGCCGUUUUGCGCGACCGCUUCCCAUAGUUGUUCAUCGCGGAUCGGUGCAGUAUGUCCCGUUCACAGCCCUGGACGCUGAGGGUACGGCGACUUUGUCAUUCCUCUACCUCAGCGAGGGAAGCGCAGACUGGGUGUAUCCCCUCCAGGAUAACUUCACACUGCUGAUCGAUGAUGGUGGUGUUGUGUUCUCGGAACCCAUUGUUGUGAAAAUUGUCGCAGAUAUGGAUAAACAGCUGUGGUUCUCACGGUCUGUUCCUCCAGGCUAUGUGCGCACCGCCGCCGUGUCGGUUUUUCUCUUAUCUAUCUGGUGCACUCUUCUUUUCGCCGCCUUGAUGCUGUGGAGAAAAACACGCCGCGCACGCUAUAUGUUCGUCCCAAUGACAGUGACUUCACAGUAA